CUCGGGUUUCCGCUCGCGGCGCUAGGAUCUCGGGCCACGUGCUGCUGCAGCGUGGGCUCUCGCAGCUCAGCAUCUCUGGGAGGCUCCUUCGGAAGGGUAUUUGAAGAGCGAUGCCGGUCGCCAGGAUGCUGCGGCAGGUUGUGGGCCAGAUGCCAGGGAGACCAGCCUGUGGCUGCUGGACCUCUGCCCCGAUGGCCCGGUUUCUGGGCACCUCCCCUCGGCAAAUUCCAGCAGAUGCCAACUUCUACUCUUCUUCUUUCUCUGGAACAGACCAGCCACGCGUCUUAAUUACAGGGGGUCUUGGCCAGCUUGGAGUGGGGCUUGCUAACUUUUUGAGGAAACGGUUUGGGAAGGACAAUGUGAUUUUGUCCGACAUAAGGAAACCACCUGAUCACAUCUUCCAUUGUGGCCCAUUUAUUUAUUCUGACAUUCUGGAUUACAAGAAUCUUCGGGAGAUCGUGGUAAACAACCGCAUUACCUGGUUGUUUCAUUAUAGCGCUUUGCUCAGUGCCAUUGGAGAAGCAAACGUGUCCUUGGCCAGAGCUGUAAAUAUCACUGGAUUGCAUAACGUCCUGGAUGUUGCAGCAGAGCACAAUUUGCGAUUGUUUGUGCCUAGCACAAUCGGAGCUUUUGGACCUACUUCUCCCCGGAAUCCAACUCCCGAUAUCUGUAUUCAGAGGCCCAGGACUAUCUACGGGGUGUCCAAGGUCCAUGCGGAGCUCAUGGGAGAAUAUUAUCAUUACCGGUAUGGGUUAGAUUUCCGAUGCCUGAGAUACCCUGGAAUCAUCUCCGCGGACUCCCAGCCUGGUGGAGGAACAACUGACUAUGCAGUCCAGAUCUUCCACGAUGCUGUAAAGAAUGGCAAAUUUGAGUGCAACCUGAAAUCCAGCACGCGGCUCCCAAUGAUGUAUAUUGAUGACUGCCUCAGGGCCACCCUGGAAGUCAUGGAGGCCCCGGCAGAGUCCCUGUCCAUGAGGACCUACAAUGUCAAUGCCAUGAGUUUUACCCCUGAGGACCUGGCCCAGGAGCUUCUCAAGCACAUACCAGAAUUCCAGAUCACGUACAAUGUGGAUUCUGUUCGACAGGCCAUAGCGGAUAGUUGGCCGAUGAAUUUUGAUGACAGCAAUGCUCGGAAAGACUGGGGGUGGAAACACGACUUUGAUCUUCCAGAGCUGGUGACGACGAUGUUGAACUUCCAUGGCUCUGAUACCAGAGUUGCCCAAGCUAACUGAGAGAAUCAUGAGAGAGAACUCCUGUAUCCUGGACAGCUGUCAAGGGAAAACCAUAAUGACCCCAAGGUUAUAUACCCCAAGGAACCUCGAUUAUCAGGAGUGGAAGGACUAAUUGGAGGAAAUUUUGGCAGCUCAUAUUGAAUUGCCAGAUUGGAGAAUCAAGUAGGCUUUUGCAUUUUCAAAGUGCUAUAGGUUUGGUGGUAGGAGUUCUCAAUCUUUGCUGUUUGCCUAAACUUGCCCAAACACGCAUAUCACAGAAUGAAGGCUUAAGUCAUAAUAGUUUCCAUUUAGGUUAAUUAAGAUGAAGUGACCAUUUUGGGGAAGGUGGAAGUAUGUGAUGUUUGUCUUUAAUUAAAUUUAAUUUUCGUAUCACU